CCGUUGGACUUUUAUCGAAUGAAAUUUAUUUUUCUAAGUACGGUUAUCAAUACUUUCUCCUCACAUCCGCGACCACACUACCUUGUUGCGGAUUUUAGGAGCGAGGAUAGACCCACUAGAGACAGCAGAAGGCAAUUGUAUCCUCCCCACUCUGGGAGAUGACAUCCGUCAAGGCCCAGUCCCAAGGGAAUGAGCCAGGGGAUUUUCCUGAAGACGACCCCAGGCAAGAGACCCUGUUCCUAGGCACCAGUCAGGGAGAGACACUGGAGCAGCCAGCUGCCUGGGAUGAGCUCCCUGGGAGCCACCCCUACACCUACUGCCGCGUCAGCACCGUGGACGAGAAGCUGUGGCCGAUCGAGCACCACCUGCAGUGCCUGCUGAAGAAAGUGGAUGAGUUUCAGAUGCACCUGCUCUACAGUCGAGAUCGGAUGCCGAAGGAGGGCUUCACCGAGGCUGUGCUGACCUUCUUCAGGAGCUGCCAGCCCUACUUCGCCUACCUGGAGUCGACUGCACGCAGCGUGGCCCCCAGCCACAGGCCCCUGCCACAGCCCGUUCGGACACGGCUGUUACAGUUUUCCCACCUACUGUGCAGUCGAUUGGAACAGCUGGUGCUGAUGUAUGCCUCCCUUGGCCUCCUGUCCCUGGAGGAGACUGACCCCUGCAGUCUCUCUCAGUUCCACUGCGGCGAGGUGCAGCUCGGGCCGGGCUGCCGCGUCUCGGCGUUCCGCUACUGCCGCCCCUCCCCCUUCCACGCCGGCGGCGCCCCGGGGCCGAGGAGCAGGCUCUACAAGUGCGUCCGCUGGAACGUGGAGAGGGCGCCGGGGCGCAGCUGGAGGGAGGCGGCUGGAGGAUGGGCAGAGGGCGCGAUGGAGACGGGCGUGGAAAACGAGUACUACUUCCUGUGCUGCGAGCUGCCAGCAGGCGGGCUGAGCAAGACGGAGAGCGGGGGCGGAGUGGCCAGCAGUCCACUCAGACCUCCGUGCGCCUGGUCCAUCGGGCAGUGGGUACAGAUCGACCCUGAUCCCGAAAGGAGUGACAUCUAUGACUGGGUGUUGUGCGUUGUGCCCAGAGGGGAGUACAGGCCACUGCUGUUUCUGGGGGAGGAGGAGCCCACGGUCAGCACUGCCACCGACUACCUGUUGGGGUUGCUGCUGAGACAGGGCCUGGGGAAGCCAGGGACCGAGGGCUACUGAGGUUCCUGCGACGACAUGCAUCAAUGCCACAGCACUCAGACAACCACUGCAACAAAAAUUCAUGAUUUAUGUAUAAACUUGCUCUUCCACUUCUUACAGCAGCUCAGGUCACAGGUCUUCAACACUGCCAUCUAGCAGGCCACUUGUGGUACAGCAUCCUACACUGCACUUCUCACAGGGCUGCACUUCCAAGAUAUUUACAGCUUUCUUACAUUAAUACGUAGACCUAUCAUAUUUCGUACACAAGUUCUUAAAAAGCAUAUUAAAAUUGGUAGACUUGCUAUUAAAAUA